UUUUUUUUUUUUUUUUGCGCUGAUAGCAUUUUGCUAACACUUCAUUUCUUGCACACUUCAAAGUUUACAACUUUGAGAAAUAGAGAGAGAGAGAGAGAGAGAGAGAGAAAAAGGAGCAAUCUUUAACUUUAUUGUUAUGUUCUUGAAUUUGUAUUUUGAUGAUUGAUUCAUGACCAUGUAGAUAAAGGGUGUUUGUUUAUACAAAAAAAGAUUCAAUUUUUAAAGGAAAAUGAGUGUUUCUUUGAGUGUAAUGACAUUUAAUCUUCUUGAAGAUCAGUUAGAGGACAGUCCAAACUCAUGGGAAAAAAGGAAAGAUUUGUGCAUAAGUGUUAUCACUAGUUAUUCUCCUAUGAUUCUAUGUACACAGCAAGGUGUGAAGUCACAGUUGGACUAUAUUCAGCAGUGCUUGCAAGGUUAUGAACAGUUUGGAAUUUCAAGGCAAGGAGCUGAUGACACUUCUGAUCAGCACUGUACCAUUUUUUAUGACAAGGAAAAGGUCGAGCUUUUAGAAGGUGGAACGUUUUGGUUAUCUGAAUCACCUUCGGUACCUGGAAGCAUGUCUUGGGGUUCUACAGUACCGUGUACCGCAACAUGGGCAACAUUCCAGCUGAAAGAAGUUGAGCCACCAGGUUUUUCAUUUCAGAUUGUUAAUACAACUAUGGAUGAGUUUAGUCCCCGUGCUCGAAGGCGAGGUGCUUUGCUUACUUGGCAGCAUAUUGCGUCCUUGCCCCCUAGCUUACCUGUCGUGUAUUGUGGAGGAUUUAACACCCCAAAGGAAUCCACUACAGGCCGUUUUCUUCUUGGGAGAUCUAGAGAGCAUGGAGUUGUCGGUGAUAUGAGAGAUGCUUGGCCAAACGCUCGUGUUAGGAAAAAUGUAUCCCUUAUACGCACGUAUCAUGGAUUCAAAGGUACAAAGCAGGGUCCACUCGAGUUCCUCAAGUUAAUAUUCCGAGCACUUUGCCUGUGCUGGGAUCGCCAAACUCAGGAUCUUCAUGUGGACUGGAUCCUUUUCAGAGGCAGACCUUUGAUACCCGUCUCGUGUGAGGUGGUGAGCGACAACAUUGACGGCUUUUAUCCUUCUUCUCAUUAUCCCGUGUUCGCUGAGUUCAUGCUUCCUCGGUCGGUGAGGCUCAUCGAAGCAUCCCCCGAGAACGGAAGCUAAACUAUUCCUUCUUUUAAGUUUUCUCCAUUUCACUUUUGUGCAAUUGUUAUUUAUUGAUUAAUUUUUUUCUUUAGUUGAUGGUAUAUGCCUACGAGGGUGUUCACCAGUGUCUUUUCAUUCCUUUACUGUAUCAAAGUUGUUUAAAGCUCCUGCUGUUGUUCAAUUCACUGAGAUAAAUUGAAAGAUUUAUUUGUAAUCUUUCUUUAAAGUUUAAUAGAUGUAAAAUGGGUGAUUUUGUUGGUUGGAAUAGUGAA